AUGGCGAGCGGCACGAGGGGUGUCGCCGCGGCGACUAUCUCGCUCGCCGUGCUGCUCCUAAUCUUUUGCUUCUCGCCAACCACCGUUGCGGCCGCCGGCGUCCCCUGGAAUGGCGACAAGCUUGGCUGGUCGACGUACACCUACAACCCCGACUACAGCAGUGAGGCGUGCACGGCGUCUCCCCUUCGCCCGGAGACCGUCACCGAGGGCCACUGCGGCCGGCCGCUCGGUCUGCGGUUCCACCUCAAGUCCGGGUACCUGUACAUUGCCGACGCCUACAAGGGGCUCAUGAGGGUCGCGCCAGGCGGCGGGGAGGCGACUGUGCUUGUCACGGAGGUUGAUGGCGUACCUCUCCGCUUCACCAACGGGGUGGACAUCGACCAGGUAACCGGCGAGGUCUACUUCACGGACAGCUCCAGCAACUACAAUAGGUCGCAACAUGAGAUGGUGACAAGAACUGGAGACUCAACGGGUCGGCUAUUAAGGUAUGACCCACGGACAGGAAAGGCCGUCGUGCUCCAGGCCGACAUCACUUACCCCAAUGGCCUCGCCAUCAGCGCUGAUCGGACACAUCUCGUCAUCUCAUCGACCGGACCGUGUAAACUGCUACGAUACUGGAUCAAGGGCUCCAAGGCGGGCACCAUGGAGCUAUUCGCCGACCUCCCUGGCUAUCCAGACAAUGUGAGGCCCGACAAGAAAGGAGGAUACUGGGUGGCACUACAUCGUGAGAAGGCUGAGCUCCCCUUUGGCAUUGAUAGCCACCUGCUAGCAUUGAGGAUCGAUGUGGAUGGAAAAAUAAUCGAGGAGAUGCGGGGACCCAAGGGCGUGAGGCCGACCGAGGUGGUGGAGAGGAAAGGUGGCAGGUUGUUCAUGGGAUCCGUCGAGCUUCACUAUGUUUGUAAAAUCUAUUUGUUAAGUCGAGCUUUCUGUUGUUAA